AUCUAAAUAGGCCACUUCUUGGACGACAGCUUUCUGUAUUUCUACAUUUUACAAUUUGAAGCAAGUAUUGGCUCUCACGCACAUGUUCUGAAUACCAUUUAAUGUCUGGAAAAUCAGGAAGAUGUUGUUCACCUGCCCCAACAUAUUUUGCAUUUCCUGCAAAUUCGAAAUUAGAUCUUUCUGUUCAUCAGUUCACCGAAAUGAGACCCAAAAUGGUCAUGAGGCAAUAUUAAACCAGCCAGUUCCCGACUAAGAGGAGCCAUUCUGUGCUCUACUCUGUUAUACGCACUUCUUCCAGGAGCAUUGGUAGUU